AGAGGUGGACGGCUCUCCAGUGCGUGGGGAGGAGGAGAGGCUGAGAUUAAGUGCAGGCACGGCGACAAUGUAGAUGGGGUGGCUGUAGGUCACGAGUAUGCGAGACCUACAGCUCCGGUUAUUUAUGAGAUGGGGCAGUUCGGGGGAACCAUCUUAAAUGAAGUUGUUAGGGCUGCCGAGCACGUAAGGCUGGAGGGCAGCGUGCAAGCAGCCUUUGCGCGAGAUUUUGUACUUUUGAAGCACACAUUGGAGGACUAACACAAAGCCCCACUUGUGGCAGUAAAAGCCUAACCUAAAAACCUUGUUUUAGGGCGUGAUAUCGGAGACAUAUUUUUUCUUGCAUUAUAGCUUUCACAACUUGCACGCACCAUGCAGGCAGCAUUGUAAUUAGGAGCAUCCUAUAAAGUAUGGGGGGGCUAACUAUUAAUGUAUACAUUUUGCAUACCAUUUAAUAUGUUGCUGCAAAUGGGUAUGUUGGCAUCUGCUAGUGCUUCUUAAACUGUGGUGUGGAAAUUUGGGGCACUUUCCUCAGAGUUACAAUGUUCUCUCUACAGUAGAGAAUAAUGCUGAAGAUGCCGCCACUUUAUUUUAAAAAUAAAAAUUGUAUUGGCUGUUGGGAAUACUUCAGAGGUGUAGUUUUUUCAAACUUCCAUAAUGAUGUUUGACACAUUUUCUUGGAUCAUUCUAAAAAGUGUUUGUGUGACUUUUAAGCCUUUCAAGAGUUGUUCUAUGUAACAGAUAUGAAUGCAGUCCACAAAGAACAAAUUAGAAUAACCCUUAGUACAACUUAAUAUGUAUAUAUGUAGUUUGUUUUCAAGCAUGAAACUGGUAAUUGUAAAUUAUGACCCAAACUUAAGAGUUACUGUGAUAUCAAGUCUUAAUGUCUGGGUUGGUUCAUAUGGGGAAAGGCAGACACUGAGGCAUUGGGUUCCUCAGCUGCAUAAGGCUUCAUAGGUCAAAUCCAGCACUUUGAAUUAGGCCCAGAAGUUAUCUGGUAGCCAGUGCAGGAUUGGUGUUCUGUGCGCAGAGCAUCUUGCCCUGGUGAGUGGCCUGGCCACCAAAUUAUGCACCAGUUACAGUGUCUGAACUGUCUUCGAAAGUAGUCCCUUCUAUAAAACAUUGCAAAAGUUACCAGAGCAUAGACAACAGAAGUUAGGCUAUCCCUGUGUACAUAAUCUGGGUCACCAACUGAAGCUGAUGGAAGGCACUCUGCACCACUGAGGCCAUGAAAGCAUUUGAUGGGACAACAUUUUCCUUGAAAGAGAAGCCAAAUCUGCUAUUUAUUUCCAGCAUACAGUUGCAGGGGUCGGAUAAGACAUUUUCAAAGUGUUCACUAUGGGCCGAGAAAGAAAAUGUAUAUUGUGUCACAUCAUAUACAGCUCAAAAAAGGAGAUGGAUGAGCACAUGAGAAGUAUGCUUCACCACAGGGAACUUGAAAAUCUGAAAGGGAGGGACAGCAAUCAUGAGUGCCAGGUGUGCAGGGUGACAGUGGUGGGCUUGUCGGCGUAUGCUAAGCACAUCUCCAGCCAGCUGCACAAAGACAACAUCGAAGCCCACGAUGGAGAAGAAGGGAAAGAAGAGACUAACGAAGAAUACUUUGACAAGGAACUCAUCCAGUUAAUUAAACAAAGAAAUGAGCAGAACCGGGCAGGUGAAGUGUGCCGUGUGAACCAUGAAACAGAAAACAACGACAGGAGAUUACAAAGAAGACAAGAUGAAAGAACUUACCAAGACCGAGACACUUACGAUUCAUCAUCAAGAUAUCAUUGUGGACCAUCGCAGAGGGAGUGGAACUGGGAAAGUGACGGUUUCUUAAAUCCCAGACAAGGCCAAUUCACACAUCCCGCAAGGAAUCCUAAGAAUGCAAACAGGCAUCUGAGCAAGCAAAGAGGACGACCUGGGUGGCAUCAAAAUAAUACUGGAGUGUCUCCAAAUCGCUAUCAUAACUACGGGAAUAAUGGAGGUGCUUGGCAUCAGAAUGCCAGAGGAGGAAUACCAGGCUGGCACCACGGUGGCAGGGGAAGAAGUUCCAAGUGGAAUUCCGAAGGAGAAAAUACCUUUUCUUACUGGCAAGCCAAAAAUUCAGGUGGAAACUGGAAGCCUGGUCGACAAAAUGGAAGGGGAUGGAAUUUAGGAAGAAGCAGGGCUCCAAACAAUAGUUCCCAGUUAGAUAGUGUGGAUGCUUCCUGGUUAAAAAGCAAAAGUGCGCAGGAUAAAUACAAUAGAGAAAGAUAUGCAUGGCAGUGGCAAGACAGCAGUUCUGUGGUUCCUUAUAUGGGCCUUGCUAAUGAAAAUGACAACAGGGAUUGUGUUUUGGAUUUCACUAGUGAUCAGCUUCCUUCAGAUGGGGUACUAAACUUUGGUGUUUCUGAGCAACCAGAGAGCAAGACCUCCAAAGUCAAUGGAAAGAGCACCAGCCCUUCCCGAGAAAAAACAAAUCGCUGGGCUCCAUAUCCCUCUCAGAAAACGAUAGAACAGCAGCCACUGUGUGAUGAGAAUGUAGCUACAGCUCCAGAGAAAGCAGAUUCCGGUCGUCUGUCAUUGUCUCCAAAAUGCACAGAUCCUAAAACCAAUAACCCCAAACUGAAAAAAUGGGAAGAGACUUAUUCAACAUCCCCCAAUUACAAAAUGGCAUCCAACAAACUUGUACCAUGCAAGAAGGCAGUAGACUUAACCAGUGAGAAAAAAUCAGACCAGGCUGAAGGCAAAGGUAAUAGGAUGCCAUCUUUGAAGUCCCCACUUCUGGCUAUUCCCGAUAUAAAGCCAUCUUCUCAAAAAAGAAGCCCAAAGAAUCUCUUGAAACAUGUCCAGCUUUUGUUAUCCUCAUCAUCUGGAGAAAGCCAGAGCCAACUAAAUGCACUAAAUUUAGAUGCUAACAAUGCCUCCCCGUUUGGAUCCAAGCUGAGUAAUGAAUGUAAUGGCCAUAACAGUUUAAAAGGCAUCACACAUGUGCGUAGCAGCAAUGAAAAUCUAGGCGAAGCAUUACAAAAUGCCAAAGAAGUACUUGAGAAUAGCCAGUCUUUCCAAAACUCUUGCCUGAUCCCUUGUAGAGAUACUCAGACUGACGGGAAUGACAAAUUGAGUACUGAAGGUCCAGGAUUGUCUCUGAAGAUGCAUGAGCCCCAGAUAGAUGGAUUGGAGGAUGAGAACUCUGGAGGUGGAACAGGAACCAAAAGUACUCACUCUAAUGCUUUCUCAACUUGUGAUCUUGGUGAACCUGGCCAUACGGCAGCUAAAAAAGGUGGCUAUCUAUUGGAGUUGAAGAAUACUGAUAACAAAUAUGCCAAAUUCCAAAUGGGCUCUCUAUCUCUAUCCAACUUUCAAGAUGACCUAGAAACAGACUUGAAAGCAUCUCUGGAAGAGGAUGGUGACGGAAGCACGACAAAAUCAAAUGAUGCUCCAGAAGAGGAAAGCUAUGCAGUUCACUCUAAUCAGGAGCUGCAGAAAGAUGCAGGAGGGCAGCCCUCCGGCCCUCUUCUUCCUGAACUGAGUAAACUUGGCUUUCCAGCUUCUCUCCAAAGAGACCUAACGUGGCGCACCAACUUGAAGAGCAAAACUGGCUCACAUCUACCUGAACCCAACCUGAACAGUGCAAGGCGCAUUCGCAAUGUCAGUGGCCACCGGAAGAGCGAAGCUGAGAAAGAAUCGGGGCUCAAGCCUACUUUGCGGCAGAUUAUUAGCGUGUCUCGUAGAAAUGUAAACUGGGAGCAGGUAAUUCAGCAGGUGACAAAGAAGAAGCAAGAACUUGGCAAAGGUUUACCCAGGUUUGGCAUUGAGAUGGUUCCUCUCAUCCAGAAUGAACAAGAGGACCUUGAGUUGGAUGAAGAAGGUGACCUGACCAGCCUUGAAGGAUUCCACUGGGAGGGGAUAUCCCUAGGCUCCCCUGGGACUGUUAGGAAACGUAGUCUCUCCGAAAGCAGUGUUGCUGUAGAUAAGACCGCCUCCGUUUAUAGUUUUUUCAGCAGUCAAGGCUCAAGCAAAGAAAAUGAACAAAUGAGCUCAGUUGCCAACACUGAGGAUGUAACAUACGGCUCCCAGAUGCUUGCAGUUGCUGUGGCUAGUGUGAAACAAGAGUCUUCUUCUCUUCCUUCCUCACCGUCCAUGUCUGACAGGACUGAUUCCAGGGGAAGGAGGCUCAGCCUACAGUCUCCCCCUAAUGUUAACAGACUCACACCGUUUAGUGCAGGACAAAGCCCAAGAAGCCCAGACUACAGGGCCCGGGCACUUGAAACCCAAGACAUGUUGGAGAGUCCAGGGGAAAGGUUCUGUAUGGCUUCAGCCCUAGCAGCAUUCAGCACUCUAGAUGCCGCUACAGACAGCAGCUACACAUCGGGCAACGAGCAGAACGACAGCCAGGGAAUUGGCAAAAAAAGAAGAGCAACCGGAGAGGGGUCCUCUCCUGAAAUUCCAAGUCUAGAAAGAAAGAAUAAAAGAAGAAAGAUUAAAGGCAAAAAAGAGCGUUCACAGGUAGACCAGUUGUUGUCUAUUUCUCUGAGGGAAGAAGAAUUGAGCAAGUCCUUGCACUGUGUGGAUGGAAGCCUUGUGCCAGCUCGAGCUGCUCUGCAGGCAGCUUAUAUUGAAGUCCAACGGCUGCUUGUACUGAAACAGCAGAUAUCGGUGGAAAUGGGCACUUUGAGAAGCCAAAGAAUUCAGAUCCUGCAGGGAUUGCAAGAAACCUAUGAACCUUCCGAACAGCUGCAGCAACUUCAACCCAGUGGCUCAAAUGAAAAAAGAAAUAACAAACUUCCGCCAACACAGGAUCUAAUUGCUAAUCCAGGUGGUCUUGUUCCUCUUUUGGAAGCUGCUUCACACCUCUCUGCCCAGAUACCUGCAGUUCCUUUGGCAGCUCCUGUCCAUGCAAGCACUCCACCUACAUUCCAAACCACUGGUGCCAUUGGAGCCAUCACAAUCCCAGAUUCAUCUGUUCAAAUCAAGCAAGAACCUGCAUCUCCAAAGCUUCGAGAAGAGAGCAUGAAUAUUCCUGAACAGAGGUAUCCAUGUUCUCCACAGGCAGAGGCUCUGUUUCAGAAUGGGAAUAUGAGCCAACAACCUUUGCUGCACCCAGUUAUCUCUGCUACCAUGUCUUUUUCUGCACUUAUUGAUUUCCAAGAUAUGCAGAAACCUGUUCCAGAUAAGGAAAGGGCCAGGUCUUCCUCCAGCUAUUCACCAUCGCUCUUGGCAGAGAAGGCAGAAGAAAACAAAAUCCCACCAGACAACACCGUUGUGGAACAGUGCAGUAGCUCCUUUCAGAGCCCAACCUUUCCCUCUGAACUGCCUGCGGAUGAAGAUCCCAGACAGGCAAUGGAGCAGAUGGCGGUUUCCGCACUGGUCUCCGUGGGGAGCAAAAUGAGCAAGAAAAAGAAGAAGCUGAAGAAGAAGAAAGCACUGCGAGCAGCCCGUGUCCCUGAGAACAGUGAUACAGAGCAGGAUGUAAGUGACUCAAAGCCUUUAAGGAAAGUCAAGAUGGUAAAGGGGACCAGAGGGGGGAAAGUUACAACGUCCACCCCUCCAAAGCAAGAGGAUGCAGAGGCUGCUCGGGAAGGAAAGCGGAAGAAAGACGAGAAUGAGAGUGACACGUCUCUGGAAUUUGUGGAAGUCCCCAAAUCUCCCCUGGAAGUGGUUGCCAUCAGUUCAUCAGAAUCGGGGGAUGAAAAACCAGACAGCCCUUCUAAGAGGGAUGCGCUGAAUUCCUCAGAGCAGCUUCUGAGAGAGGCGUCUCGGUCUGGCUACGAUGAAGUGAGCUCUACCAGUGAGAUUGGAACAAGCUAUAAGGAUGGCAUUGGUAGAAGUGUGGCUGAGACUCAAACGUCCAUAUCUUCAAUAAGAGGAUCAAAAAACUCAUCAGAAGUCUCCUCAGAGCCAGGCGAAGAGGAAGAACCUACGGAAGGGGCCUUUGAGGGUCAUUCAGCUUCAGUGAAUGCAAUUCAGAUUUUUGGGAAUUUGUUGUACACCUGCUCAGCAGACAAAACCAUCCAUGCAUAUAACUUGGUGAGCAGGAAGUGUGUUGGUGUCUUUGAAGGGCACACCUCGAAAGUGAACUGCAUCCUGGUGACUCAGACAACAGGGAAGAAUGCAGUGCUCUAUUCGGGAUCCAGUGACCACAAUUUAAAUUGUUACAACAUCAAGACUAGGGAACUUGUGGAUCAAAUUAAAUUGGACGAUCGUAUACUCUGCCUGCACAGUAGAUGGAGAAUUCUUUAUGCCGGACUUGCUAAUGGCAGUGUGGCCACUUUCAGUAUAAAGAAUAACAAACCGCUUGAUAACUUUGAGUGCCAUGCUCCUAGGGCAAUCAGUUGUCUUGCCACAGCUCAGGAAGGAGCACGGAGGUUGCUGAUUGUGGGAUCCUACGAUUGUACAAUCAGUGUGCGAGAUGCCCGGAAUGGUUUGUUGCUUCGAACCCUUGAAGGUCAUAGCAAAACGGUGCUCUGUAUGAAGGUUGUGAAUGAUCUGGUCUUCAGUGGUUCCAGUGACCAGUCUGUCCAUGCCCACAAUAUACAUACUGGAGAGCUGGUGCGGAUUUAUAAAGGACACAACCAUGCAGUGACAGUCGUGAACAUCCUGGGUAAAGUGAUGUUAACAGCUUGCUUGGACAAAUGUGUUCGCGUUUAUGAGCUACAGUCCCAUGAUCGUUUGCAAGUCUACGGAGGACACUCGGAUAUGAUUAUGUGCAUGACCAUUCACAAGAGCAUGAUCUACACUGGCUGCUACGAUGGUAGUAUCCAAGCUGUGCGGCUCAACUUGAUGCAGAAUUAUCGUUGUUGGUGGCACGGGUGUUCGCUGAUAUUUGGAGUUGUGGACCACCUGAAACAGCAUUUGUUAAAUGACCAUACAAAUCCAAAUUUUCAAACGCUGAAAUGUCGCUGGAAAAAUUGUGAUGCUUUCUUCACUUCUCGAAAAUGUUCCAAGCAGGAUGCUGUGGGACAUAUUGAAAAACAUGCAGAAGAAGAUAGCAAGAUUGACUCAUGAAGGUGGUUCUUUUUUUUUUUUGCCUCCCACAUUGGGAAGUACCUUUUAUAUACUGGAAGUAUUCCAUGCCUUGUCCACCUCUUGCCCUCUCCUUUUUCCACCUUCAGUUUAUAUUUGGACUGCAAAAAGGACGUGGGCCCUUUUCUUUUCUUUUUUUGCUACAGAGACAGCAUCUUACUUGCAACUCUGUAGAGAAGGGAAUGAUGAACAGACUCAGACCAAACAAAUUGUUUUGAUUUGUUAGCAGAAACAAAAAAAAAAAAAAUUCCUGUUAUCCUAUCAAAGAAGUACAUUGUGCACAUCUAAGCCUUUAUUAGUACUCACAUUGGUGCCUAAAAAACACUGUUGAGCCAUCUAUUUUUAUGUUGUAUGCAGGAUUGCCCAGACAUUUUACACUUCUGGCUUUAAACAAUUUAAAUAAAGAAACAGCAACUCAGACUAGAAAUACCAACAAAGCAUUCAGCUCUCUAUUUCUUUUCAUUAUAACAUCUUUUGAUGAAAGUUAUUAAUGGGGAAUAUUAGAAGAAAUGGAUUCCUUUUUUAUUUUUGGUUGAUCUUCAGCGGGCUAUCUUAAAUUCCAAAUGCCACAUCUGUGCAGUGAGUUCCACAGCCCUUGUACCUCUCUGUAUCUGUUACAAAGAGGUUUGUGAUGAUGUGCAACACACUGCAUUGCUUAAACAGCAAAAUAGCUGUUUUUGUUAAUGCUGAAAUCAAUUAAGUAACUUCAGUCCAUUGAUUUCAUUGGGUGUACUCUUAUAACUUAGGGGGUAUCACCGAUUUACUGUAACUUUUUUGUUAUUUUUAUAUUGAUAAGCACGUUGAUGCAAAGACCACUGCAGAUAAUGAUUUUGGCUUUUAAACAUUCGUUAUCUGUAUGUUUAUAUCCAGUGCUCUCUUGCCACAUUAAUGGGACUAUACCCCUGAUUCGUAAGAGCUUGUCUUGUAAAUGGAUGACCUUGUGGUGUUUUUAAAUUGCUGAGUUUUUGGAGUGUCCACCUCUUUCUGUCCAGCACCCUAUAUUUUCAAUGUAGCUUUUGGAUGGCCAUCUUCUCCUACUAUAAUCUGGUUUUGUUUCUGAUGACUACAUGAUUCAAAGUUACCAUGCAACAGAAAAUGCUGCGGGUGUAAAAUGCGAAAUUGUGAAGUCCAAGGAGCCCAAGCAGAAGCUGAGAGUAUUGUGUGUGUGUGUGUGUGUGUUUUGCCACCAUCUACUGCAUAAUGACUGAAGUAGCAACCUGAGAAACUAAUGCAAUUUUAAAACAAUAGUCACAAUGCAAAGAAAUGAAAGUUGUGCAUGUGUGUUGGAAAGAAGUGUGCAUACAUGCAGUGGUGUUUGGGGUUUUUUUGAGGCAGCAGUUCCUAGUUUGGUUCAUGAAGAGUUUUGUUCCUUAAGUCUCAGCCAGUGUUUUUGUUCUCAUCGGCUUCAGUCUUUUUCUGGAUUGUUUCAGAGGAAAACUGGAAUUCUCAAUAACAGUCUAGAGCUGUCUGGCUGUGUAAGUCUUGACUUGUUUCAGUUUUCUUACUUCAGAUUAUGUAUACGUAUUAAAAGAGCAAUGUGUGUUUGAAAUCAGCAUUUUAAAAGUGAAAGAUAAUGCUCCCAUACGGAAAGUGUUCUCAGCAGCUUGGUGCAAGACAGGCAGCUCCAACCUUCGGCCCUCCAGAUGUUUUGGACUACAAUUCCCAUCUUCCCUGACCGCUGGUCCUGUUAGCUAGGGAUCAUGGGAGUUGUAGGCCAAAACAUCUGGAGGGCCGCAGUUUGGGGAUGCCUGGUGUAAGAUAUAGAACAGGCCUACAGCUGGAGAUUGUGUUUCACCUCGCCAGGUUGCCAAAGAACUUGGAGAUAUUAAGGACUUUUGGAACAAUCUCCAGUAUUCUUACUGCAUUUUAAGCCUUAGCUUUUUGAUGAGUGAAAAAGACCAUGAAGGAAAUAUCACCCCACCCCAAUACCUACAAAUCUGGCUUCCAUGAUCUUAAGAAAUUGCGCUAGUAGAGAAGUGAAACAAGUUCUCCCUUUGAAAUCACUAUGUCUGUCUCAAGAUACAGUGUUCUGCCUUUCGCACAUGUCCAAACUGUCUUCAAACCAGCUUGCUGCUAAGGGUUCUGUUGUUGGAAAGGAGAAAACUUUCCGAUGAGUAGUGGUAACCUUCUGCAAUCUGUUUGUGGGAAGUUUCUGAGGCGUGUUGUCUUCUGUUGCCAUUUUUGAGAGCUUUUCUCACACUGAGACCAUCAGAAAUAAAUAAUAAAGUGAGCAAAUUGUUGGCGCAUUCAGUCCAUAGAUGGGAGCAUGUAAGUGUUUCUGUGUGUGUGUUUUAAAAAAAGGAUUGUUUUUAUAUCUUCCUUAGUUGAAUGUGAUUGAAAUGAAAUUGCAGAGCCAGGGAGUGUAAGAAAAUUAUGUGGAGUGCAGUGUUUGUCUUGUGAAUGGAUUUUAAUUUUGCAUCAUCCUCAAAGGUUCUUCUCUUUACUGGAAGAGGAUGGUUACUUUUUGUUGUUGUUGCAAAAAUGUAUUCUUAAGUGUGUGUUUUACUAAAUUGUUGCAAGUGAUGCACAACUUGCACUAGUUACUUACGUUCUUGGUUGUUUUGGUAGAUAAGAGGUGUGAGUGUGUGUGUUUUUAAGGUGAGUGUGAAGACAGAUUUUCCUUUAAUCCAUUUUGGGAUGCUUAGAUUGGCCUUCUCCAACAUGGUGCCCUCCAGAUGUGUUGAACUGCAACAUCAGCCCCCAGCCAGCAUGGCCAAUGAUCAGGGAUGAUUGUAGUCUAGAACAAGUGGAAAGCACUAUGUUAGGGAAUACUGCCUUAGAUAAUUUUCAAAUUGGUUUAGCAAUAAGGUUGAGUCAUGUCUUAACAAAAGUUGGUUCCAUAUGUUUCAGUUCACUGCGGUAAUUUCUCCCUAGAAACUGCAGAGUUUCUUCAUUCAGAUUGUAUUUUUUUUCUUCUUUUUAGUUUUUUGGUUUGAGGUUCUGUUCUCUUAAUUCUCCCUUCAGAUUCUGCCAAAGGCAAGGAGACAGAAAGGAUAGUAGUAAUAUGUUAAUUGUAGGAAUACAAGAUGAUGUAUUCCUUAGACUGUCAUGUUCUUGGUUCUGGCUUUCUGGCACCGUUCCACAUGGAAGUCGAAAUUAUCUUGAAAAUUUUGAAAGAGAAACAUUGUGCAUUUUGGGGGGGGGACUAGUCUUGGAAAGGAAAUAGAAAUGAAGUGGAAGAGGGGGAGUUGUGGAGUGUUCUUGCAUUGUGUGGAAAGUGUGUUAAUGUAUGUGUUACUGUUUGAGUAAGCUGUUGUGUUGCUGCAUCUGAAAUGAAUUUGGACUGCAUUGCUAGUGCAGUUUCCCUACACAAUAGUGUUUUUUUUUAAUGCCAUUUAUCUUGUUGAUUGGAUGCAAGUGUUUGUUUGGUGUGUGUGCUGCAGCUAUGCUGCAGGGGAAUGGUUUGCAUAUCACCUUUCAGGGAAUUGGCUCAGCUAUUCAGCUGUUUGCAUCUUUUGUGCCGUUAAACGCAACUGAAUGUCAUCGGCUACCCCAGCUUCUGUUUGCCCCUUGAGACAAAUACUUGGGCUUGAAGGAAUAGACCUCUGUAAUGUUAAAUCAAAACACAAAAGUGACAGUCCACAUCCCAGCUGAAUUGAGUAGUUAAACUCCCAUCUUAAUGGCUCUGGAUUUUAUCCUAAAUGUCAAGUAGAAUAUAAACCUAUGUUCAAGCUUCAUGGUUGUCUUUAAAAGUGCAAGUUCUAGAUUCGUAUUUGUAGAGCUCCUACACCUUGAGUGGCAGUUAGUUAAAAAUCAGUGUGAAAGCAAUGCAACCGCUAGCUAACUUGCCCUUCCUAGAUCUUUAGGGUCCUAGCAGGAUGGCUUUCACAUAGCAUUGUAUGACAAAAGUACGAACUUCUCAUUUUCCUUCAUGUGCAGUACUAUGAUCUUAACACAACUAGGAUGUCUCAAUUUAUAUACCUUGUGAGGCAAGAACAGAUUGGUGUGACCAUGAAUAAUACUAGUUGAGAAACUGCAUAGGUAAUACACACUAUAACAAAUGUAUUCGCAGCUUUCGCAACUCAUUUUGUUUCAGUUGGAUGACCUGUGUGGCUCAUAUGCACAAAGUGACUUGGUCUUUCCUUUCCUUUUUUUUACUACAAAGCUGUGAAGUAAAAAAACAAAACAGACAAUAAAAACUACUUUGUACCAAGAGAAA